AUGACGAGGCCCCACGGAAUUGAGAACAAAUACAACCUCGGGCUUCAACUUCUCUCCAGAAAGUUCUGCUCCUCAGAGGAGCCCUCUGCUGACACGCAGGCCUCCUGUAUGCCCACCACAGGGCUCGACACGGUGGCAGGCUAUAUUGCAUUCUUCUUAAUUUUCCCCAUCUUCCAUCAUCAGAAGGGAGGGCAGCUGAGACUGACCAGAAUCCAUCGCCUCCUUGGAGGACAGGAGCUGUUGGCAAGUUCAUUGGAGGAGCGUCAGCUGGAGGCUGGUAGAGGCAGGGACCGAAGCCUGCUAGCCCCGCUCCCCGAGGCCCCGACCACAACACCCCAUCCCUUUGUUCACUUCUCUUCUGGACGAAGGAAGUGGCCAAGGCUUGGGCCCUCUGAAGGGUGUGCAGUUGUAAGGUCAGCCAGGGCCCCACCUGGUGACAGCCUACGGGCUGGGAGACACCCGAAACCCCACCUUUGA